AUGGCGAUCUGUACUUAUAACGCACGUACGCUUGCAUCGGAAGCGGCCAUCGAAGAUCUGAUGAUGCAAGCGAAGAAGAUCAAGUACGACGUCAUCGGACUGACCGAGACGAGACGACGUCACCCUCUCAACCCCGUAUAUGAAACUGGAGAAGAACUUUUCCUAGGAACAUGCGACAGUAGAGGCGUUGGUGGAGUCGGCGUCCUCAUCAACACGAGUAUGGCAAAGAACAUCGACUCUUUCGAACAACUUACGACCCGAAUCGGACGUCUGCGGAUGAGAAGAUGUGGUCCAACGUCAGCUUUGACUAUCUUCGACACGCUUACGUCUUAA